UAGAAGUCAUAAUGGUGGAGCCGGCAGGGAUACGUUGUAUACUACAUUUGUGGGGCUUUUGUCUAAUUCGGCUAUCUUACAGUACUACUUCAACCCAGCGUUGAUAGGUUCGCCCUAAUGGUAUAUCAGUUCCUUCCAACGUCGUUCGACCCUCGAGGCUGAACACAGGACUCUGUAUUUUUCCAAUUUCUGUAUUGGUAGGGAUGUCCUGGUGGCGAAGCCUGUUGAGCUUGUAUUUGGGAGCCGCAAUUGGCACAAGUCUGCUGAGCGAACUGAGAGUUGUUGUGUUCCAGACUUGUUGUUGUUGUACGGAGUCAGCGUUUUCCAAAGACUAUGGUGCUGUGAAAGGUCAUUUCUUACGUGUGUAUCUUUUUAGCAAUGAAGUAGGCGCCAGUGCCAACGAUUGCAAGUUUAAAGAAACCCAUGCCUCGACGUGGUCCGAAUCUAUAGUGGCCGAAUGGGUGGGCAAAUGGAUGUGACGGAUAAAAGUAGGGUCGACGACCAAUCGUGGACCGAUGCAUCUUUGGAAAAGAUAGGUUCGCUACGCGAUCUAGGAGAAUUGUUUAUAUUACUUCUCUUUUGAACGAACACAGGCAACCAUUUAUAAUUUUCGACGUCGAGAAUUAUUCCCGAGCAGUCUCGGGUCCGACCUUCGGACAUUUCGGCUUUUGAGGGCAUAGAGCGGGACAUGGACAACCUGUCAGCAAUUACGAUCUCGGACAAAAGUCUAGUCUAGCGUCGACUCAUCAAGGCCAGCAGGAUCAGGUGACUCUUUGGAUGCAUACACAUGUGAGGCAUUACUCCAUAUACCCAAUUAGGUAGUGACCAAAUCCUUGUUCAAGGACCUAAUCCGAUGAUAG